AUGGCCACUGUACACCACGGCCAGCCCCAUGGGGAGCCCCGUGAUGACGACUCCCUCUUUGGUGAUGAUCUGAUUGAAGCUGAUGAUGCCAUCGACGCUGAUGACCCUCUGCGCGACACCUCUGACACGGCCCCUCUACGAGGCAACAUCCAAUCCGAUUCAGGCAGCCGAGGCAAUACUUCGGGCUAUGGCAACUACUUGUCAUCCUCUAUUGGUGGUGAAGAUCGCCGCGCCACACAAAACACUAUCGAUGAGAGUGUGUGGGACACAUUGUCACGCGAUCUAGUUGCCGUGUGGGAGAAGAUGCGCCAGGUGCUCUGGCCAAAGUAUCUCCUUGGAGGAAUGCUUCAGCGCGGAGGAAGUGGUAUCGCUGAUGCUGAACAAGGUGGAAUGUCAGGAUUCGGUCGUAACAUUCGAGGACUCGUCGGCCGCUGGCCGGAUGCCGAUGUGGUCUUGCAGAGUGGGAUGAGCGAUGGGCUGCGGGACUGGGAUCUCUGGGGACCGCUUGUGUUUUGUCUUGUCCUAAGUUUGUUCCUGUCUAUCGCAAAGGGUGACCAAUCAUCAGUGGUAUUUUCCGGUGUCUUCUGUAUUGUUUGGAUUGGAGAGGCAGCUGUGACCCUCCAGAUCAAGCUUCUUGGUGGCAAGAUCUCUUUCUUCCAGUCGAUUUGCAUAAUCGGUUAUACACUAUUCCCCUUGGUCAUUGCAGCAAUGCUGAGUGCAUUGGGACUUCCUACAAUUGCACGGAUACCGGUUUAUCUCGUAUUGGUGGCAUGGUCUCUAGCAGCAGGAGUGAGCAUCUUAGGAGGCUCUGGAGUGGUUCGAAACCGAGUUGGCAUUGCAGUUUACCCAUUGUUUGUGUUCUACAUUGCAAUUGGGUGUCUCUGUUUCAUCAGUUAA